AUGAAGUUCUCUGUGUCGUCACAGCGAUCUACUUCGCACCCCCUUCUGCUAUGCAUCCUUGCCGUUUUCGCCCUCUUCGCGACUGCAGAUGCGGCAACCCUCCCAGCGCUGAAGACCUUGAAGACUACUUCUGGCUACAAGUACGGAUAUGUCUACAAGAAGGCGGUCGGAACCAAGCCGACGUACCUACUUCUCCACGGCUUCCCGAGCUCAGUGUUCGACUGGAAAUACCAGAUCGCUGAGCUCACCGCUGCGGGAUAUGGUGUGCUCGCACCCGAUCUUCUGGGCUAUGGCGGAACCGACAAGCCUGCUGCGAUUGAGGAGUACGUGUACUCUAAGAUGGCGAAGCAAGUCAAAGAGAUUCUCGACAAGGAAGGACUCACUCAGGUGAUUGGUGUGGGACAUGACUGGGGGUCCAUGUUUUUGGGCAGGUUCGCGAACUUCUAUCCGACGUUGUUUCCCUCGUUGGUGUUUAUAUCCGUGCCGUAUCUUCCGAGCCAGUUCAGUGUUGAGGACAUCAACACACAAACGGAAGCCGCCUUUGGCUAUCCCACAUUCGGAUAUAUGUUGACCAUGAACGAGUCACGUGCGGCUGGAAUUUUCGAAAAGCAUCCGGAGUCCUUCCUCUCCAUCAUGUAUCCCCAAAAUAGCUCCAUCUGGAUCACCGACUUCUGCCCGCUCGGCAAGCUUCGAGCAUGGGUAGAAUCCGAUAAGCGGGUCGCACUUCCAAGCUACGAGUCCACCGCCGACCGCGCAUACCGUGUCGCGCUCUACAAGGCUGGUGGCUUCACCGGGCCUACUAACUGGUACAAAUCGUACCUGCGAGACCUUGAUGCGGUGGCAAACGCAGCGAUCCCAGCCGGCAACCUCAUUCUGAAGCAGCCGGUCCUUUUCAUUGGCGGUUCAGUAGACUAUAUCACGCGACCGGAGGUCAUGCAACAGAUUGCCGGUCAGGGCCAGGCAGAGGGUUGGGCACCGACGGUUGAGGUGAAUAUUCUGGAGGGCGGCAGUCAUUGGGUGGUACUUGAGAAGCACAAGGAGGUUACGGACCUCUUGAUUUCCAGGGCGACGUAA